CGGGGCGUGAGGGCCAGCUGAACUAUUCAGUCAGACCGCGCCAGUUUGAAUGAAAGCUCUGCAAGAUGGCGGCGGCCGGAGCCGAGGCGCGCAGAGCCUGGUGUGUGCCUUGCCUAGGUUCACUUGAUACUCUUCAGGAAUUAUGUAGAAAAGAAAAGCUCACAUGUAAAUCCAUUGGAAUCAACAAAAGGAAUCUAAACAAUUAUGAGGUGGAAUACUUGUGUGACUACAAGGUAGUAAAGGAUAUGGAAUAUUAUCUUGUAAAAUGGAAAGGAUGGCCAGAUUCUACAAAUACGUGGGAACCCUUGAAAAAUCUGAAGUGUCCAUUACUACUUCAGCAGUUCUCUAAUGACAAGCAUAAUUAUUUAUCUCGGGUAAAGAAAGGCAACGCAAUAAUUCCAAAAGACAAUAAUAACAAAACUUUGAGACCUGCCAUUGCUGAGUACAUUGUAAAGAAAGCUAAACAAAGAAUAGCUCUGCAGAGAUGGCAAGAUGACCUCAACAGAAGAAAGAGUCAUAAAGGAAUGAUAUUUGUGGAAAAUACUGUUGACUUGGAGGGCCCGCCUUCAGAUUUCUACUACAUUAAUGAAUACAAGCCAGCUCCUGGGAUCAGCUUAGACAACGAAGCUACCUUUGGUUGUUCGUAUACAAAUUGCUUCUUUGAGAAGUGUCGUCCUGCUGAAGCUGGAGUUGUUUUAGCUUAUAAUAAGAACCAACAAAUUAGAAUCCAACCUGGCACUCCAAUCUAUGAAUGCAACUCAAGGUGCCAAUGUGGACCUGACUGUCCCAAUAGGAUAGUACAAAAAGGCACACAAUAUUCACUCUGCAUCUUUCGAACUAGCAAUGGCUGUGGAUGGGGUGUAAAAACCCUUGUGAAGAUUAAAAGAAUGAGUUUUGUCAUGGAGUAUGUUGGAGAGGUAAUCACAAGUGAAGAGGCUGAAAGACGAGGGCAGUUAUAUGACAACAAAGGGAUCACCUAUCUCUUUGAUCUGGACUACGAAUCUGAUGAAUUCACAGUGGAUGCAGCUCGAUAUGGAAAUGUGUCUCAUUUUGUGAAUCACAGUUGUGACCCAAAUCUUCAGGUGUUUAGUGUUUUCGUUGAUAACCUUGAUACUCGUCUUCCCAGAAUAGCAUUAUUUUCCACUAGAACAAUAGAGGCCGGAGAAGAGCUGACUUUUGAUUAUCAAAUGAAAGGUUCUGGAGAAUUAUCUUCAGAUUCUAUUGACCUCAGCCCUGCCAAAAAAAGGGUCCGAACUGAAUGCAAAUGUGGAGCAGAGAUUUGCAGAGGUUACCUCAACUGAAUUUUCAGGAAACGGAGCUGAUGAUAAGUUGUUUUUUUUUUAAAUGUUAGCAGUAUAAAAACUAUUUGGGACUCUUCUUUCAUAUUAUCAAGAUUAUAUAUAUAUAUAUAUGUAUAUAUGUUGAUGUACAAUUCAUGUCUUAAGAUACGUGCUAGAUAUUGCUUCUGAAGAGGUUUGUAGGGUCACAUGGACAGUUUUGAGGUAUAUAUAUUUGGUGGUUAGAUACCAAAUACAGAAGUAAACUAUUUACAAAUCACCAUAUGCUUUAGUUAAGAAGUCUAUGAAGGCCGGGCGUGGUGGCACACUCGGGAGGCAGAGGCAGAGGCAGGCGGAUGUCUAUGAGUUCAAGGCCAGCUGGUGCUAUGGGGAGA